GGGCCUUAAGGGCCAGGCUGGAGCGCUCCUUCUUGAUAUCAAUCUGCCUCUUUCUUUUCUCCAUGUCACAGCUAAGCAGAACGGUUGCAAAACACGAAAAAGAACACGCUGAACUCCUAAAAGCGAUCGCUCAUACCGAGGAUGUCACGGAUAGGUUGGCUGCCCACGAGAGAAAGGUAGCCGAGAUAGAGGCACAGCUGGAAGAGAUUGUGAAUUCUGAACCGAAGGGAAAGCCAAGAAGGAAAACCCUGGUCGGGUCUCCACAACCGUCGAUUGCGUCCAAGUUUUCUUUCCUGGUAAGGAGGAGUGGGAAUAAUCUGAGCGAAAGGUGUUUGCAGGAUAGUGAGACAACUCGCAGUGAAAAGCAAAUUCGGCUAGGGCAAGCACUGUGCGAGGCCAAAUUCGAGCAACUUGGAUUACAAAAAGAAGUGGACCAGUAUCAUUUACUGCGUCAACAACUUGACGACCUUUACGAUGUAGUAUUCAAUGGACUUACACCGGGUGUUCCAAAUGAAGUCGAGCUCAAACAAAAGGUGGCUGCUGCACAGGCACUUUGCGAUCGCGUUAGUACUACGCUCAUGGUCGAAAACGAGACGUUCGAAUACAUCUCCAAAGCUGAGAAUGUGAUGCGGGAGUGUAGGACUAGACUGAAGGAAGCCUUGGAGUCUGUCGCUAUAUCGAUGUUUGCAGACUGGCGUUCAGGGGAAAGUUACGAAGCUCUGAAUCUACAGACCGCUUACGAGCUGGCUCGUCGAGUCCCUUAUUUGGUUCGAGAGGCGCAACGACACUCUCCUGAUAUACGGCCCCUCGAAGAAUUGUCAAUAACCAAUCUAGUACUUUCCAGAGACGAGCAAAGUCGAGAUCAAUACUAUACCUUGAUCAGAAAUGCCGCUACAGAAGUAAAUAGAGCUCAUGACCAGCUCUCAGACGAUUGCAAGGCAUUUGCAAACCGAGUCACAGUCUCCGAAGCUGUUAUCAAAACCGCCCAACAGACGUUGUCAGAGUAUCGACGUGAACUCAGAGCCAUACGUCAAGAGAUAUUUGAGAAGGCACGGCAGAAUCCGAACUUUGGCGAGACUGUAGACCCUCCUCCUCCGAGCUACGAUUUUGAUUCAACGACAUCCGGUUUCGAGCUCGAGGCGGCCCUUGAUAUUCCAAGUCCCCUUUACAUACCUAAUGACCCGAUAGGACGACCGAUAGAUUCUCCUCGUACCGAUGCUACCUCUCCGCUCUCCCUCAAAAGAAGUAGCGACGGUAGUGAUGGUCCUGCGAGUUUGCCGUCGUCGUCGUCGUCGCCACCGACGAGUGCUCUCACGACGCCAGGUGGUCGCCACAUUCGACCUCUACCCCAACCUCCUGUAUCGUUAAAGUAAAACCAUCAUUGAUGGUUUCGCACUGCCGGUCUCAUUUCUGCCCCACUGCUUUGAAACUUCCUACUCGAGCAGUCCUUUACUGCUAGUCCUUUUGCUCGCUUAGUUUACUCAAGUCUUCUAUUGUUGUCAGAAGUAUAUCAUCUACGUAUGUUGUACAAUACCCUUACAAAAUGUAACACAG